AUUACUUCCAAGAAGAAAUGAAAUCCCCCCAUCUCUUUUUUUACUUAAUUUUUUCCAAGCAAAAUCCUCUCCUUUUCCAUCUCAUUUCUCUGAAGUAUCCUCCUUUCUUCUCCCCUUCCUUUUCAAAGUUCAAACCUACUCUCCACUCUCCCUUCUUCACCUUUAUAUCAUCCUUGUUCGGAAUUUGAUCUUCUUAACAUAAUCCAGCGUUGCUUCAGUUUUCUUACUUGAACAAUUUGGGGAAUCUUGGAUCUUGGUGAAUACUGUAAAUGGAAAAGGAUAUGGAUUUGGAGCAGUGGAGCCUCUCGGAUGACCUAACAGAAGAGGAAGAUAUCUCUAUGCAGUUCCAGAACCAUCUCAAUCCUUCCUCAUCUACUGAAGCGCAGCUCUUAUCAGGAGAGGAAACACUUCGUUCCCAUGUGAAGGAACUUCCCCCUGGAAACUCCGGUGUUUUAUCCGAAGCGGUCACCCACAGCGCCGCUUCCGAUUAUAGAGAUGUCCCCAGAGAGAGAAAGGCAAUGGCUACGUGGACUCAGCUUUUUAAGGUUCCCACCGGAUCACAAGUUCCUCUUGAUGAUGGAUACAGCUGGAGAAAAUAUGGGCAGAAAGAUAUUCUUGGUUCCAAAUAUCCAAGGGGAUAUUAUAGGUGCACCCACCGUCAUUCUCAGGGAUGUCAGGCCACUAAGCAAGUUCAGAGAUCGAACGAUGACCCCUCAAUCUUUGAGGUCAUCUAUCGGGGAAGACAUACGUGUGAACAAUCCUCAUCACGUUUGCCCCAGCAGAUCGAAGCAGAGUCUGAAGAGAAGCCAGAGAAAUCAAAGAUGGUUUCUUUUGGGCGGAUCUUGGUCACGGCCAACUUCGUCCUAGAGCUUCCUUCAGCUGUGUUUGACCAGCUUUCCUCUAUCCCUAAACCUCUGUACGCGAUGACACUCAUGUUGCUGUCCUUUGCAGGCCUUGUUCUAUGCAUCGUCGAGCUUGUGUACCAAGGAAGAAAGAAAAGAGUCACCUGGACGCGGAGGCAGAACAACAGAAACUCCUCCUUCAGCAAGAUAGUUGAUGUUGUUGGAUUCACUUGUGCUGUCUGUCAGUCAAUCCUUACAACAGCUAAUUAUGUUCUGCUUAUUCAACACACCAAAAUCCAGAUCCAAAUUUCUGUAUGGCCUGUCAUUUUUGCCUUUGUCCUACUAUGUUCCAAAUUUUGUGAUAAAACAGAUGAAUCAGGAAGAGAAAGAAGUUUACGUAAUGAAGUGUAGGUCAAGUUGAGGAACUUGUCCUCAAUGAUAGAGUGGUUGUCAUUUGUGUAGUUCUCACUUUUUUUUUUCUGCAAUUUUUCAUAUAUAGAUAUAUUGUUUCUUGUAAUUUUUCAUCUUUUGUUUUAAAGUUAAGCCAUUGGAUUGCCUUUAUUAUGAUUUAUAUUAGUUGAUAAAAUAAAUAGUUCAGUGAUAA